CUUCUCCCCGGUGGCUUUAGUCCCUUAGUCUCCGUCCCCGGAGCGCGUGCAUCUAUCGGUAUCCAUCUCAUGCUCUCUGGAUCGAUAUAACUCGCCUCUCUGCCGCCGCCCUGUCUUUUCUCGUCCUCCGGUGUUCUCUGGCUUCCCUACUUCCUUCUCUCUCUUGUUUGUGCCGUCCCUUCCAGUUGCAGCGCUGUCGUCUUCGAACAAGUGGAACAUCAUGGCCAGGCCCGGGCGCUCCAUAACCCGCAAGUCCGGCAGCAAUCAGAGAUAUAGCACCGUGGUCCUCGGUGCUGGUGGCGUUGGAAAGUCCGCGCUCGUCAUGCGGUACGGAAAGAACACCUUCCUGGACCAGUACGACCCCACAAUCGAAGAGGAGUACGAGGUCACCGUUGAGUACGAAGGGAAGCGUAGCUAUCUCCAAAUUCUCGACACCGCGGGGGUCGAACAGUUCACGGGCAUUAAUGAGACUUGCAUUGAGAACGGACAGGGAUUCGUGCUUGUCUUCAGCUUGACUCAAGAAGCCUCCUUGAAGGAUGUGGAUCAUAUCCGACAACAAAUCUACCGCAUAAAGGGCGGGGAGCAGGAUAUUCCCAUCGUAGUAGUGGGGACCAAGAUGGACCUUACCGGCGAGCGCGAGGUCUCUAGCGAGACCAUGCAGGAACUCGCGGUGAAGUGGGGUCUGCCCUUCUACGAGACGUCAGCGAAGAAGGGCUGGCACGUCAACGAGGUGUUCAAUCACCUCCUGUCCCGCAUGCGCAAGCGGUACCCCAACGGCGUUCCGAAGAGCAAGAAGCGGCGAAGGGACCAGUGCCUCAUCAUGUAGGACGUCCCUUCGCCCUCCCGAGUCUCGCUCCGCCGUUUCCCUUCGGCCUUGGACCUUUUGCAGCAUUUCGCGUCGGCCUUGCCGUCGCUGACGACUUGCGGCGGCUUGAGCGCGCGGACCCGUCCGUUCUCAUGGUACCCGCCCGUAUAAUUUUCGCAUACUUUACGUUUUACGUCCCGACCCACAGCCGCUCCUUACCGCACUCACGCCCUUGUUUACAUAUACUCACGCCAGGCUAAUACCCGCUCUCAAUCGACGCUCUGCUUUCGCGCUACUCGCAGCAUUUGGCUUAGUUACAGAUACCACACUCACUGUUUAGUAGCACACGAUAAUUGUCCGACCUUCCCUUGGUAGUAGCAGCCCUGUUUCCUUAGCAGACUCUCCCCCACGCACCUUAACCAACC